GCAGCAGAGCAGCAGGCCAGCUAAAUGCCUCAUCAGAGUGACAGCACCUUCAGCAACUUUAGACACAGUGCAUAGGACAAACAGAAUCAAGUGAUAUGGGGAGAGAGCAGGAACUGGGUACUGAUUUAUGUUGAUCUGCCACGAUCAUAUUGAAUGGCGGUGCUGGUUCGAAGAGCCGAAUGGCCUACUCCAGCGCCUAUUUUCUAUGCUUCUAUGUUUGCAUUGCGGAGCUCCCUCAGUACAACACUCCCUCCGUGCUCGGCGUUCUGGAGUGGGAACUGAACCAACAUCUCUCUAACUCACUCAAUAGUUUUCACCCACUGAGCUUGCACUGCAGGACCCAACACUGGGCCUUGGUGUGGCUCAGUUAGCGUGGUAAAGUCACACAGGACUCCUGCUAGAAACAGCGUGGGAAAUGUUGAACUUAGACCACAGGUCUCACAUUGAAAACCAUGUGAAACUCAACCGCUUCUGAAAUGAGGAAGCACCGCGAUGACUUUUCAUGUUUGCAUUCAAGGAAUCUGUGGCAACCUCUUUAGUUUAGCCUAUUAUAGUCAUGUGUACAGAGGUGCAGUGAAAAGCUUUUCUGAUGUAUGAUAUCCAGUCAGUGAAAACACUAUAUACGAUUACAAUCAAGCCAUACACAGGAUACAGGUACAGGAUAAUCCGACCUCUACAAUGUAAUCUCACAGAGGCUGAUGGGUACAUGGAAGGAGCAUGUCCAGAGAAGGUAGUGUAGACAGGUACUAGUAACAACAUUGAAAAGCAUAAGGACAUGGUACGUGGAUAGAAACAUAGAAAUUAGGUGCAGGAGUAGGCCCUUCGAGCCUGCACCGCCAUUCAAUAUGAUCAUGGCUGAUCAUCCAACUCAGUAUCCCGUACCUGCCUUCUCUCCAUACACCCUCAUCUCGGUUUUAAAGGAUUUCCCCCUUAUCCUUAAGCUGUGACCCCUUGUCCUGGACUUCCCCAACAUCGGGAACAAUCUUCCUGCAUCUAGCCUGUCCAACCCCUUAAGAAUUUUGUAAGUUUCUAUAAGAUCCCCCCCUCAAUCUUCUGAAUUCUAGCGAGUACAAGCCGAGUCUAUCCAGGCUUUCUUCAUAUGAAAGUCCUGACAUCCCAGGAAUCAGUCUGGUGAACCUUCUCUGUACUCCCUCUAUGACAAGAAUGUCUUUCCUCAGAUUUGGAGACCAAAACUGUACACAAUACUCCAGGUGUGGUCUCGCCAAUACCCUGUAGAACUGCAGUAGAACCUCCCUGCUCCUAUACUCAAAUCCUUUUGCUAUGAAGGUUUUGAUAGGAAAGGUUUGUAGGGACAGGGGUCAAAUGCAGACCUGGUUUUUAUGCUGGUGCAGCCAUAACGUUGCUGCCUUACAUGGUAUAACAGCGCCAGAUAACCAGGUUCGAUCCUGGCUACAGGUGCUUGUCUGUACAUAGUCUGUACUUUCUCCCAGUGACCUGCAUGGGUUUUCCCUGAGAACUUCAGUUUCCUCCCACACUCCAAAGACAUACAGGUUUGUAGGUUAAUUGGGUUGGUGUAAAUGUAAACAUUUGUGUUGCUGUGCAGGGAUCACUGGACGGUGCGGACACGGUGGGCCGGAUGGUUUGUUUCCCCACUGUAUCUCUAAACUAAACUAAACUAAAGAGGGACCAGCGUACAUGGGACAUCUUGAUCAGCAUUGGGCAAGCUGUUUCCCUGCUGUAUCACUCUAUGAUUUUAUGAAUCACAUCCUCAAACUCAGCUUUACCCGGUCUCCGAUGCUCAAGUAUGUGAAUUGUCUUUCAGGGAGUUUAUCUGGUGACGCGAGUGGACUUAUCUGAUCGCGUUUGGCAAUAGACAAUAGACAAUAGGUGCAGCAGUAGACCAUUUGGCCCUUCGAGACAGUAUCACAAUUCAAUGUGAUCAUGGCUGAUCAUCCACAAUCAGUACCCUGUUCCUGCCUUCUCCCCAUAUCCCUUGACUCCACUAUCUUUAAGAGCCCUAUCUAGCUCUCUCUUGAAAGCAUCCAGAGAACCGGCCUCCACCGCUCUCUUAGGCAGAGAAUUCCACAGACUCACAACUCACUGAGUGAUAAAGUGUUUCCUCAUCUCCAUUCCGUUGGUGUCUUUUUUCUUCUGGGUAUUGUUUCAACAGAUGAGAAGCUGAGGAAGGCUGGACAAAUUAGUGACGUGCAUUUUGAGGUGGGUAAACAGAUCACAAGCUCGCACGUUCCAGGAGUAGAAUUUGGCCAUUCGGCCCAUCCAGUCUACUCUGCCAUUCAAACAUGGCUGGUCUCUGCCUCUUAAUCCCAUACAAGUUCAGACACAGUGUGCCCGCAUUUGGGGGAGGGGCUUGAGGGGGUGGGCAAGGGAAUGUUUGCGGUGGUGGACAGAGCGCCAGUCAAGUGGGCAAACGUCACCAGGAUGAAGCAGAGCUUCGAGGAGAUGCUCCAAUCCAGGCAACUGGAGAGUGUUGCAGCUCACUCCUGAUAGGGGCAUUGUCCGUGGUGAGGAGGCUGGGGGAGGUGGUAAGUGAGUUACCAAGUUAAGUCUUGAACCACUGCAAAGUCAUGUCCUGUUAAACGGAAAUUGACUGUUUGACUUCAGUUGUGAAGAAGGAACAGGACAACUCAAACGCAGUGCAGGGACCAAACCGAUCCAACGUAGUCGAGACAUGGCGGUGGGACAGGGAGAAUUCACCCACCAGAGAUGGCCCAGAUCCAGGGGAACAGUCGCUCUGUUGGUUCUUGUCGCUGUUGGUCUCACACCAGGGUCAAGCGGAAUAACUGAACCCGAGGAGGUGAGGGGAGAGUUGGGGCAGUCGGUCACAGUGGAAUGUCAGUAUGGUCAGGAAUACAAGGACAACAGGAAGCUGUGGAGGAAAGGUGAUUCUUACCAGAAAUCUUAUACUGUGGUUUCUACUGAUGACCCACAACAACGGAGAACAUCGAUGACUGAUGACAAAACACACCAGAUAGUUUUAGUCACCAUCGACAAGCUGGAGAAGAGUGAUGAAGGACGCUACUGGUGUGUGAUAGUAAAGAGAAACGAUUCACCCAUUGAAUUGGUCUCCAUCUCAUUGAAGGUUUCUGAAGGGUCAAGGGGAAUAACUGGACCUAAGGAGGUGAGGGGAGAGUUGGGGCAGUCGGUCACUUUGGAAUGUCAGUAUGGUCAGGAAUACAGUGACAACAAGAAGCGAUGGAGUAAAGGUUAUUAUUACACAAAUUCUUCUACCGUGGUUUCUACUGAUGACCCACAAUAUAGGAGAACAUCGAUGAGUGAUAACAAAACACAACGGAUAGUUUCAGUCACCAUCGACAACCUGAAGAAGAGUGAUGAAGGAUACUACUGGUGUGUGCUGAUUGUAAAGGGAAUAUUUCCAAUCAAUAAAAGGACCUCCAUCUUAUUGACGGUUUCUGAAGGGUCAAGGGGAAUAACUGGACCCGAGGAGGUGAGGGGAGAGGUGGGGCAGUCGGUCACUGUGGAAUGUCGGUACGAUCGGAAAUACAAAGACAACGACAAGCUAUGGAGUAAAGGUGAUUAUUACCUGUCAUCUCCUACCGUGGUUUCUACUGAUCACCCACAACAAGGGAGAACAUCGAUGACUGAUGACAAAAAACAACGGAUAGUUUCAGUCACCAUCGACAACCUGGAGAAGAGUGAUGAAGGAUACUACUGGUGUGUGAUAGUAAAGGGAAUAUUUUCAAGCGAUGAAAGGACCUCCAUCUCAUUGACGGUUUCUGAAGGAUCUCAAACAAGCCACCCAGACAUGGUCAGCACCACCUCUGCAACAAUAAGCACAAAGGCUUCCACCACAACCAUUCUGACCACCAUGCCUCAAGAUGCACCAACCACCAAGGCAGCAAGUUCCACAGAGUCUCCUGGUUCAACACCUACAAACAGGGACAUCGUGCUGAAUGUUCGCCGUGUUUGGGGUGUGUUACGCUGGGUACUCUUUGGAAUUCUGCUUCUCUUCCCGGUUUCCAUCAGCUGUGUGACAACUUUGAAAAGGAAAAAAACAGCCAAGACCUUGGAGAUGAGGUCGGCAGUGGUGGAGGAAGGAGAGGAACAGCGCCGGUGAGCUGGCUGGGUGAGGCCUCACCUCGCAUGGAGACGGCCGUGGGAGGCGAGGGGAAAAGGGUGCGUUGGUGGGUCGAGGUGUGGGCGGAGUGCGAGUGGGCUGCUGGAGGCCCUGCAGCAGCCGGUGGAUCGGGUGCCGCUGGAGGUCCUGCAGAGGUCGGGGAUGAGCGUACGGUUCGGACACGGCCUGCAGCGGCACGGAGCGGUGGUGGAGGCACCGACAACAUCGCCAGGCCAGGCCGACCCCUGCAACUCCCACCCAGUGCCGUCUCCAUGACAAUGGGCCUUUAAGCCCAAAAUAAAAUGGGCCUUUAAGCCCAGUUUGAUGUUUAAGAAUAUAAGAUACUGCCAGUAAUGUGGCAACUCUUGUGUACUGCAUCAUAUAAUCUGCUAUUAAUACUCUUGUUCUUAGCUUCAGCUGUGCUUAUAUCAAGUAAGAUUUUUACUGAAUUCUAUACAAAAGAAAUGUCACUGUACCCAUGUGCAUGAGACAAUAAAGUAUCAUUGAACCAUUGAACAAUGGGGAUAUAAAAACGGUUAAAUGAUUACAAGUAUUGAACUGUGGACACGCGUUAGAAGAAUAAGAUAAAAAUGAAGGGUAAUCGUUAUAUCAAUAUUGUUAUUCUGACGGAAUGACGCCCAAUAAUCAUCGUUUAGCUUUUCAGGGCCAGAGAGGGUGUUCACCAGUUGGAGAUGUACAAAUCUCAUCACCUUGACCCUACAGCAUCACCACACCACACCUAUGUCCAAUCUACCUUGACCACUUGAGGAGGAAUUUCUUUAGCCAGAGGGUGAUGAAUCUGUGGAAUUCAUUGCCACAGGCGGCUGUGGAGGUCAAGUCAAUGGAUAUUUUUAAAUUGGAGAUUGACAGGUUUACUCAGGGUGUCAAAGGUUGAGGGGAGAAGGCAGGAGAAUGGGAUGGAGGGGGAAAGAUAGAUCAUCCAUGAUUGAAUGGCGGAGUAGACUCGAUGGAGCAAAUGGCCGAAUUCUGUACCUAUGUUUGCAGACACGUCUGUACAUCCUGACAUUCACCCAAAAGACAGCAGAACAUAGACUAGAACUCAAAGCUGGCUUUCCAGAAUGUGAACUUUUAACUUUACUACCAAUUGAAUUGCUGUGUGAAACCCUGCACAUUGAAUAAUGAUUAAAAUAAUCCAAUGUAAUAAAAGAUGGCUGAAUUUUUGUCAUAAAGUCAUAAGUGAUAAGAGUAGAAUUAGUUUGGUUUAGAGAUAGCGCAUGGAAACAGGCCCAUUGAUCCACCGAGUCCAUGCCGACCACUGAUCACCUGUACACACUAUGUUUAAGAAGGAACAGCAGAUGCUGGAAAAGCGAAGGUAGACAAAAACGCUGAGUUUCUCCAGCAUUGUUGUCUACCUGUACACACACUAGUUCUGUUAUCCCACUUUCUCACCCAUUCCCUACAGAUUUGCGACAAUCUUCCAGAGGUAUUUAACCUACAAACUCGCAUGGAUUAGGGAUGUGGGAGGAAGCCGGAGCACCUGGAGGAAACCCAUGAGGUCACAGGGAGAACAUUCAAACUCCACACAGACAGCACCCGUAGAGAGGAUCGAACCCGGGUCUCUGGCGCUGUGAGGCAGCAGCAAACCGCUGCACCACCGUGCCGCCCUGAAGAGAGAGAGCAGGCUUGUGAGAGCAGACAGCACAGCAGCAGGCCAGCUAAAUGCCUCAUCAGAGUGACAGCACCUCCAGCAACUUUAGACACAGUGCUUAGAACAAACGGAAUCAAGGGAUAUGGGGAGAGAGAAGGAACUGGGUACUGAUUUAGGUUGAUCUGCCACGAUCAUAUUGAAUGGCGGUGCUGGUUCGAAGGGCCGAAUGGCAUACUCCAGCGCCUAUUUUCUAUGCUUCUAUGUUUCCAUUGCGGAGCUCCCUCAGUACAACUCAGUACAACAGUUACAGAGAUAGGUUGAAUAAGUUAGGCCUUUAUUCUCUGGAGCGCAGAAGGUUAAGGGGGGACUUGAUAGAGGUCUUUAAAAUGACGAGAGGGAUAGAUUCUCAAAGCUUUUCCCUUUGAGAAUAGGGAAGAUUCAAACAAGAGGACAUGACUUCAGAAUUAAGGGACAGAAGUUUAGGGGUAAUAUGAGGGGGAACUUCUUUACUCAGAGAGUGGUAGCGGUGUGGAAUGAGCUUCCAGUGGAAGUGGUGGAGGCAGGUUCAUUGAUAUCAUUUAAAAAUAAAUUGGAUAGGCAUAUGGAUGAGAAGGGAAUGGAGGGUUAUGGUAUGAGUGCAGGCAGGUGGGACUAAGGGGAAAAAAAGUUGUUCGGCAUGGACUUGUAGGGCCGAGAUGGCCUGUUUCCGUGCUGUAAUUGUUAUAUGGUUAUAUGGUUAACUCUCCCUCCGUGCUCGGCAUUCUGGAGUGGGAACUGAACCAACAUCUCUCUAACUCACUCAAUAGUUUUCACCCACUGAGUUUGCACUGCAGGACCCAACACUGGGCCUUGGUGUGGCUCGGUUAGCAUGGUAAAGUCCCACAGGACUCCUGCUAGAAACAGCGUGGGAAAUGUUGAACCUAGACCACAGGUCACUCAUUGAAAAACCAUGUGAAACCCAACCCAUUCUGAAAGUCUCAAUGACUUCAUUUUUGCAUUCAAGGAAUCUAUGGCAACCUCUUUAGUUUAGCCAAUUAUAGUCACGUGUACCGAGGUGGAGUGAAAAGCUUUUCUGUGUGUAUGCUAUCCAGUCAGUGAAAACACUGUAUAUGAUUACAAUCGAGCCGUCCGCAGGUACAGGAUAAAGGGAAUAAUGUUCAAUGCAAGAUACAGUCUAGUAAAAUCCGAUUAAAGAUAGUUCCAAGGUCUCGAACGAGGUAGUUGGGAGGUCAGGACCACUCUGAAGGGUCCCAUCGAGAAAUGUUACCCAUCCUUUUUGUCCAGAGAAGCUGCUUGACCCGCUGAGAUGCUCCAACAUUUUCUGCCUAUCUGUGGUAUAAACCAGCAUCUGCAGUUCCU